AUGGUUUCUGCGACAACCACAAUCUCCUCUCCCAAGAUGAAGAGUGCAAAAGCUCUUAAUGUUACAGAGCAGUAUCAAAUCAGUGAAAAGCUUAUCAAUGAGGGGUUUAAGGUCUGGAAGAAGGCAUCACCUAUGUUAUACGAUCUCAUAUAUACAUAUUCAUGUGAUUGGCCAAGCUUAACUGUGCAGUGGCUCGAGGACUUGACAGCCAGUGCACAAAAUAAUUUGAUUACUGCAAAAUUUCUUCUUGGAACUCACACAACAGAUGCACAUCAAAAUUACUUAAAAUUGUACGGUGUUGACUUGCCAUCAACAUUAGUUAGCGAUGAGAAUUUUGGAUCACAUUCAAUUUCACAAAUAGAUCCUGUCGAUACGGAAACAUCUCAGAGAAGGCUUCAUCUUUUGAGGAAGUGGAGACAUCCUGGAGAGAUCAAUAAAGUUAGAUUUGACGAACAAUUGGGGCUUAUUGCUACACAAACGAAUAGUGGUGACAUCCUUAUAUAUGACUACAAUGAUAUUGCUUCAGACACAUCUGUGCGUACUUUGAAGUAUCAUUUAAAAGAAGGAUUUGGUUUGGAAUGGAGUCCAACUUCACAAGGAAGAUUGCUUUCCGGUAAUGAAGAUAGCAAAAUUGCACUUUGGGACCUAUCUUCCUUACGUGGUCAGCAAAGUAAGACUGUGAUGAAACCUUCUCGUACACUUGCUACUCACACAGGAAUAAUCAACGACAUAUCGUGGAAUUGUGCUUCGUCUGAUACUUUUGCAUCUAUCAGUGAUGAUGGAUCCUUGCAGAUUCAUGAUUUAAGAGCAGCAGACAGCGAUGUGGCUAUUCGUGUUGAUAAAGCGCAUGAAGGAAAAGCCAUUAAUGCAGUUGAGUUUCAUCCCGCAUUAUCAUCCUUUUUGAGUACUGGUGCAGUUGACGGCUCAAUUUCAUGUUGGGAUUUGAGAGAUGUCUCCGCACCUGUGAAAAAGCUUUAUGGACAUACUGGGCCUGUUCUCAAUCUAAAGUUUAAGGAUAACUUAAUGCUGUCGACAUCGGUAGACCGCAGAGUAUUACUAUGGGAUUUGAAUAGAAUUUCAGGACAAGAUUCAAGGGAACAUGAUAGAAAUGAUGAAAAUGCUGAUGCAAGUCUAAUAUUUGUUCAUGGUGGACAUACCGGCCGACUUUGUGAGGCCGACUGGCAUCCUAAGCUUGAUAAUGUUGUUAUUAGCUGUGCUGAAGACAGUCUUGUGGAAAUAUGGAGGCCUUUGCAUAUAGAGGAUGAAUUCGACUAUGAAGAGCAAGAGGCUGAAGAAAGGAAAGAUGAGGAAGAAGAAGAGCAAAAAAAUAAGCAACAUGAGGAGGCCGGUGUUUCAAAAAAUGAGUUGAACAAGCAUGUUAAUGAGGCAAAUGUUACGGUAAAGGCUGAAUCUGUCACGGAAAAAUCUGAUGACACUGCCAUCAAUAAGCCAUCUGAUACGGCUGCGAUCAUAGGUUCUAGCAAUGGUGUGCAGCCGGAUACAGCAAAUAUUGAUCACAAGCACCCAAGUAGAGAUGUCAAUAUGGAUUAA